AUGCAAGCCCUCUACCAGCUGACCGCCACCGGCGCCGGACAACAAAACCAACAGCUUCCGAUCGGAUUGGGCAACUCGCUGCUCUAUCAGCAAUUGGCAGCACAACAGCAAAUUGCCGCCCAACAACAUCAGCAGCAACUCGCCGUCUCCGCAGGUACGUAAUCCAAAGUUCAUUAACCUAAAUUAGUCAGACUUUUUGCGUUUUCUGACUAAUUCUGUCUUCAAAAAAGUGCCGAAAAUGGAAAGGCAAAGUGUACUUCUAUCACUCGGGAUUUUGUAAAAACAGAAUUCUCGAUUUUGUCACUACUGGUUACCCAGGUUCUCUGUGUGCGUAUUGGUAAGACGGGCGGCUUGAAUCUCGGGAAAUUCGAACGGAAAUUUGUGCGACUGAUAUUUCCUGUCUUGCAAAAUCGGUGAUAUAAUCAUAUUCAAUAGUAGCCCGGUCGUACAACCUUCUGCUCGUCACGUUCGUCCGACCAGUUUUCAAAUUCAGCGGUGUGUGUGCCAAUUAGUGCUUACUAGUGUGACAGAAUGGAUAGAAGCGAAAGUGGGCAGCCCACUGUCCACCACCUACCGCUAAUUCACCUUCCUCCAAAACUAUUGCAUGUCAUCGAGGACCUGACCUGCAUAAUCCAAAACUAUUCUCGUGCGCCGCCUUUCUCGCUCGUUCGCACUCUUCGGUACUUCACAGUAAUUGUUUUAUACUCUACUGCGGUUCGGUUCGGUUCAAAUUGAUUGUCCGAGGUCAGGUUUUUGUGUGCGGGCGUGUAUGCCAUCCACUUACUUGUUCUCAACUCCCCGUUAAUUUUUCCCGUUCCCCUCCGAGCUGCGAGGGUGGGUUCUGUGUUUGUUUCUCUUCUCUUCCCUAACUUUUUUUUUGCGUUUUCUCUCACUCGGCACUUGUCCUGUUUACUCUAGGGCCGUUCCGUCACAAAAAACACACUUGCUUGUACUAUCACAGUUUUUUGGCACUCCAAAAAGGGAUUUUUCAUACGGAAGCUUGCACAUGUGUACAAACAAGGUUGAACUUUGUAGACAUAAAGACAGAAAACAUGGCGGGAACAUUUGAGAUGUUGCCAGUGUGCAAGACAAGAAACAAAUGAUUACUUGAUGUAACGACGUGAUAGGGACCACGUUUAAUGAGCAAGAAGAUGGGGGGAGCGGGGCCCUUUCACGUUUCGAUUCGCCUUGCCUCGUUGACCGACCAAUGUCGCACACACAUAAUAGUAACCGGGUGCUUAUCAGCCACGAUCUAGGCGGGCGAAACACUUGUUUUAGAUGUAACGAUUUGAUUCUUCCCAGAUAUUUGGGCGUAAGAAAGACAAAUUUGCCGUUCACAACCAACCUGCUAAUCAUCACUUUCUCAGCUUUUCGAACGAAACAGUCUCGCCCCAGAAUCAAUUUGCCAUUUUCAGCUCACCAAAAUCAAAACAACAUCAUGCUCGCCACGUCGGCACCAUCUCUCAUCAACCACAUGGAAAACGGAGUGGACUCGAAAGUGAAGGUUUGUUUCAGUCAUCCCAACCAACUUCUGUCAUGCUCUCACCCCUCACUCGUUCACAUUUCGUGUGUGUUAUAUGAAUGGAUAUGUAGUCGGGGGAUGGUGACCGGAGAUGAAAACUUGUCGCUUCAUGGGGGAAACAUGUCGCUUUUGGAAGAAAGUUAUGAUGGCCAGCAAGACUGAUGACGAUGAUGAAAUGUGCAUAUCACCGGGGCGGCAAACCGACGGUUUCCCUAUCUUUCCAUCAGUUUUCUCUAACCAGCUGUCUCUUUUUCUUCUUCUUUCUCUCCUUUUUCAGAGUCACAAUCAAAUUUCUGUUUUUGUUAUUUACGGCACAAUUUUCAUUCACCCGAGCUCUUGCACACAUUCAGAACAAGCACAAUCUAAUAUUUUUGACAGUGUAGCUGUAAGACAGAGAUUAGAUUAGUCCAAGAACAAAUGUUUCAUUCUUUCAUUCACAAAAUAUUUGUAUACUAAUCGCAUCAUUUUUGAACUUUUUCUAAAACUUUGGAUAUUGAUGGUUUUUUGAACAAGCAUUGAUUUUCUCGUUUUGCAUCAAAGAUUGUAUUUUGAAGUGAGGUGAGGUGCAAAUCUCUGUUUUUCUGCGAAUAUUAGAACUUCGAAUUUAACAAGUCCGCUAGAAGUGCCAUGUUUUUCUGACUCGACAAUAGUAAGCUAUGUCUAGAUUACAAGUCCAUUCAAAUAUAUAUUUAUAUUUUCUCUCUCUCUCUCUCUUUCUUCCCCUAAUCGCUUCAUGGGAUUUAUUGUGCUUUCACUCCCAUUUUCGUGCAGAAUUUCCUUAACUCUUUAUCUAGAACGGUGAGAGGUGUGUGUUGCAUCUCCGAGACACGAGAUGUGCACGGUUGUGAACUUGGCAUGCUCCGGAAUUGAGAGAGCGGCGGCGAUUCCAGAACUUGUUUUAAGACGCAUGACCUGUGAAUGAGCGCUUUUUGUUUUACAGGACGAUCCGAACAGCGACUACGAUCUGCAGCUCUCGAUUCAACAGCAGUUGGCGGCGGCGGCUGCUGCACAAGCCGCCCAAGCCGCCCAAAUGGGCUCCUCGAUGGGCCAGCCCCAGAUCGGCCCGCAAAUCCAGGGCCAAUCGGUGGCCGUCACGGCUGCCGCUCCUACAAAUGGCACUGUGGCCGUCACUCAGCCCGAUCCCAGCACUAGCUGUAAGCCUUGCCCUCUUUUUCUCUUCCCAUCCAAAGCAACUUUCUUGAGUUUUAUAUUCGUGCUGUUCUCUUUUACAUCUUUUACAUUGAGCGUCUUGAAUUGCAUGGAAAAAACAGUUUCCGAAACCGGUCUUGUGACAAACAAACGUGAUUAACCAGCAAAAAACAUAGUCUUUGGUCUUCUCUUUCUUUUUUCAUGGAGUUAAUUUCACGUAACAAAGUAGCCAUGCAAAAAGUGUAGAUAUUAUGCUUGCCACUGAAUGAUUCAUUUUAUAAGAACUAUGGGGGGUAUUCACUUCACAAAAUCACCAAUCAUUUACAUUACUAAUAAACUCUCCUUUCAGCUGGACCAGAAGGACCAAAAAGACUUCAUGUCUCGAACAUUCCGUUCAGAUUCAGAGACCCGGAUCUUAAGACUAUGUUCGAAAAGUUUGGACCGGUAUCUGACGUAGAGAUAAUUUUCAAUGAGCGAGGCUCAAAGGUAACAAGAAAAAAAUAAAAAUUUCUUACAAUAUUAUUUUUUUUCUUCAGGGAUUUGGAUUUGUGACAAUGGAGCGACCGAGUGAUGCAGAAAGAGCCCGCCAGGAAUUACAUGGAUCUAUGAUCGAGGGCCGCAAAAUUGAAGUGAACUGUGCCACAGCAAGAGUUCAUUCCAAGAAAGUCAAACCAGCUGGAGGUGAGUCAACAGAAAACGGGUCUCAGGAAUUUAAAGUUAUGUUACAGGAAUCUUGGAUCAAAUGAAUCCGCUGAUGGCUCAGUCAGCUCUGGCUGCUCAAGCUCAGAUGAACAGAGCCCUGCUGCUCCGAAGUCCGCUGGUGGCUCAAUCGCUUCUCGGACGUGGCACAGCGCUCAUCCCGGGAAUCCAGCAACCGAACGCUUUCCAACUUCAAGCCGCACUCGCUGCCAAUCCACUGGCUCAACUACAAGGACAACCUCUCCUCUUCAACGCAGCCGCUCUCCAAUCAAGCGCUCUGCAGCAAUCCGCGUUCGGAGUGGAUCAGGCAACCGUUCAAGCGGCCCUCCUCGCCAAUGAGCAGGCCCGGCUUCAAAUCGCUGCCGCCGCCGCCGCUCAAGGUAACGAGUACCUCAUGUACCAUCAAGCCAAACUACAAGAAUUGUCAGGACGGAUUCCUUCAUCCGGAAAUGCCGCAUCAUUUGGAGAACAGUAUCUGGGAAACGCUUUGUCAGCGACCUCAUUGCCUCAAUAUCAAAUUAAUCCAGCGCUGAGAACGUUAAAUCACAGAUUCACUCCAUAUUGA